AAUCUACGACAAACGUUUUUGACAGGAUACAGGUUGCCGGCCGUGCCCUGGAGUUGGCUGGGAGCGGCCGCGCCAUCGGCAGCCGCAGCAGCCGCUGUAGCAGCAGCCGCAGUGACGCCAUCCCCUGCAGCUGCACCCCUUGUCCUCGCCCCAAGAGCUGCGGCGAGACGGAGCUCAGAUGUAGGAACUUUAGGAUAUUGUUCAAAAGUUAUCAUCUUUUGCCGAGGAAAGUCAUCCGAGACCGGUGUCACUUUGACUUUAAACCAACUUGCGGUGGCAUGUUCUGUUACAGCUGCAGCAUUAAGAGGUGUUGCUAUUCAGCGAGGAAGAGUUGGUCCAGCUACCAGAGCCGCUUUUCCAGCUGGCGCGGCAUUAGCACUUGCACGUAAUCCAGGACCUCUUGCAGCAGCCGCUGCUGCUACGGCUUUACAUCCCUUUGCAUCAACUGUCUACUACGAUCCUUUCUUAGCAGCACACGCAGCGACGCAAGAUCCAAACUACAGGCUGCAGAAUUAA